GUUGGAAAUGCUUUUUAUUAGUAAUAAUUUAAUAAACAAUAUUUAUUAUCCUAAAGGAGUUGAUAAUCAAGAGUUUCCAAAAUUAAAAUAUUUAAAUGUUAGUGAAAAUAAAAUCAAUGAUUGGCAAAAUGUUAAUGAACUUAAUAGAUUUCCUUCAUUAGAAGAGUUAAGAAUUAAAAAAAAUCCACUUUUUGAUAAUAUAAAAGCCAAUGAAGCAUAUAUUCUAAUUGUUGGUAGAAUUAAAGGAUUAAAAAUGAUGAAUGGAAGUCUGAUAUCAUCUAAUGAUAGAAUUGAUACUGAAAGAUAUUAUUUGAGAUUAUGCAUCAAGGAUUUGAAAUCGCCUGAUGAAAUAGAGAAACACCAUCCUAGAUUUAAAGAAUUAUGUGAAAUUCAUGGUGAACCUACUUUUGAUGAAAGAUAG